AUGGGUCCCGUAAAAGUGUACAAGUGUUUGUCGAUAGCCGACAAACAAAAAGUGAUCGCAGCAGUUGAAGCAGCUUCUACGCUUUCAACAAUACUAAAACAAAAGAACCAUCUUACAACAUUAACACUUUAUUCAUCGCGGAUCAGACAGAAAAAAUGUGAGUACCCCGAUCUGGAAGAAUGUCUUAUGGCUUGGUUUACUCAAAGUAGGCAACAUAAUAUUCCAAUAUCAGGACCUAUUUUAAAAGAAAAAUCUAAGUUUGCUACCAACUUAGGUAUCACAAAUUUUCAAGCUAGUGAGGGUUGGUUAGAAAAAUUUAAAAAACGUCAUGAUUUAACUUUCAAAAAAGUAUGUGGAGAGAGUGCAAGUGUUGACCCGUGCAUUUCACAAGAUUGGAAAAAUGAGUUAAUCAAUCUAUUGGUUGAUUAUGAUGCUAGGGAUAUUUUUAAUGCCGAUGAGACCGGACUUUUUUACAAAUGUUUACCAGAUCGCACUUUGAAAUUUAAAAACGAAAAAUGUCAUGGUGGUAAAAAUAGUAAAGAACGGAUAACAGUGAUGUUGGCCGCGAACAUGGAUGGAUCCCAGAAACUUAAGCCCUUAAUGAUCGGAAAAUUUGCUAACCCACGCUGUUUCAAAAACGUAAAAUCUUUCCCACUAAUGUACCGGUCAAAUAAAAAGGCGUGGAUGACAGGUGUAUUAUUUACAGAGUGGUUGUUAUGUAUCGAUGUAGAUAUGAAAAAGGCAAAUCGAAAAAUGUUGAUGUUCGUUGACAACUGUACCGCACACAAUAAUAUUCCUCAUCUUGAAAAUAUAAAAAUUCAUUUUUUACCUCCCAACACUACAUCAACUCUCCAACCACUAGACCAGGGAAUAAUAAAAAAUUUUAAAACGAUGUAUCGGAAGGAAAUUGUUCGAGAAGUGUUAGGCGUGCAUUGGUGA